GGGACCAACUUAGCACGCCAUUUUGGCGCCAAUCGCCCAGAAAAAAAAAAUCUCUCCUCUCUUCCUCCUUCGCUUUCGCCUUCGCCUUCGCCUCCACCCGCGGCCGGCGGAGAGAAGAAGGCGGCGGGCCGGCGGGCGAUGCAGAUCCGCGUGCGGUGCGGGUGCGGCGAGGCGGGGUGCCCGGAGUGGGCCAUCGUGGAGGUGCAGGGCGUGGUGCAGCCACAGCCGUGCUUCUCCGGCCGCAUCCAGGGCCUCCACAUCGGCCGCCUCUGCGCCGCCGCCGCCCCGUCUUCCAAGGCGGCGUUCACCUUCACCGUGGGGUACCAUGAGCUCGCCGGCACCAAGGUGGCGCUCAAGAAGCCUCUCCUCGUGCUGAGGAAGAAGAAGACGACGGCGGUGGCGGCGGAGACGGAGCUGGAGGUGAUCGGCGUGAUCCGGCACAAGAUCCUCUUCAAGGACCGGCCCAAGGCUCUCAUCUCAAAACCGCAGGUGAAGGAGAAGAAGACUCUGCCGCUACCGGCGCCGGCGGCGGCGCCACCACCCCAAUCAUCGUAGCACCUGUCCACCUGACGCCGAUGCGAUCAAGAAUUCAAGAUCAAUGAAAACAGUCGCCUUUGCUGCUGCUGCUGCUGCAGAUUUAGGGUGAAUGGUACACUAGUCAUUAUGGUUCUAAGUUUGUGUUCUUGGGAAAUCAAUCUUUGGAUUAGCAUUGUGAUCGUUCUUUCUCUGUACCAUAUGCCUCUCUCUGUUUCUUUGAAGCGCAUCCCAAAACUGAAACGAUAAUAUCAUCGUCCGAUUUCUCAUCCUACGUGGUGAUUUAUGAUUGUUA